AUGCAUGAUCCCAUCACUCAUGUGAAGCCGAGAGCUGAGUGGGCCCUUAUUGAUAUGGGCAGGCCUUGCGUCCCUGGCAACGUCACGGCGCGUGUCAUCAAGCAUCCCGUUGCCGGUUCAGCAUCGACUUCUAAGGUGCAGAGGCUGGGAGCGGAGGGCUGCAUCACCAUGACGACCCCGCAGCCGCUCUGGAAGGAGCCGCCCCCGGAAAAGCCGGCCGACAAGCGCCGGCGCGGCUUUGUGAUUCUGUCAUUUUGGCUCAUCGUUGUGUUGCUUGGCUUGCCAAUAUGGUGGCAGACGACGACUAUCUACCGGGCUGACCUGCCGCUGCAGGAGAUGCUGGACUGGGCUGAGGGACGGGCCUGCCGCCCUGUCUUCCCUCUCCGCAUCGCCGUCCAAGCCCCUUCUCUUCACGACCACGAAGCGCAGACCCUCGUCCGCUUAACCCAGCACGCCCUUGACGACCUGAACGACUUCGCCGGACACCACCUGCGCCUGUCGCUGGCAAAACAGUCUGCACCGAGUGCCGACCUCGACGUUGUCCUGACUGUCCGUCUGCUUCCUGGCGACGCGACUACCGCUCAUCUGGACCCGUACGAGCCUGUGCUGCACGUCACAUACCCCCCGAAUGCGAUCCCUUCUGCCUCGGCGUCGUCUUCGACGUUGGCAACGUACAUUGCGAGUACUCUGAGAGAGGCUUUCGCCGAGGAGCAGGCUACCAUCUCGUACCUCCUAUCCGCCAAUGGCUCGUCCCCCUCCAGCGGCGAGCCACGCCCCUUGGGCCAAGGCCUGGCACCCGACGUGGCCGAGUCGCUUGCUAAGCGCAGCACUCGCGCCCUGAGAUAUGCGCCGACCUAUCACCUUACAUUUUCCCUGUUCACAAGCGGCUCGACCCCAAGCAGCUGGGACAUUGAGAAGGCCAUCGAGGACUACAUGAAGCCAGUCCUCGACGUCCUCUCACCGAUUCACAACUUCACCAUUGACACCCAGAUCCAACUGUAUGCCACUCCCGGCGUGCAAAACCAGGUCCUUACCAAAGAAGACCUCUCUUCUUUCAUCAAUGCCGCUGAAUGGCCCCUCUCCCCGUCCAUCGGCGGCGCGCCUACCAUCAACUUUGUCGUCUUCAUCGGCAACCAGACCAUCUACAUCCCCUCGUCAAGUGGAAGCGAAUCAGUCAGCUCUCACUCCUGGCUCAUCCCACAAUGGGGCGCCGUCUACCUUUUGCCCCUCACCUCCGGCACCGCGCACCUCCCUUCCCACGAGCUCAAACACCCCCUCCUAACCUUUACCUCCCACCUCUUAACCCUUACCGGCACGCCUCACUCCGGUUCUCUACCCCUCCGUCUUUCGUCUUUGUCAAGGAUUCGCUCCGCCGACCUCCUCCUCCGCGCCUCCUCCACCCUCGGCUCCCUCGCCCGCCUAGUUGUUGCCCUCCCCUCCAUCAGCAUCCCCCCCUCCGUCGCCGACGGGGUUGCUACGACACUCUCCCAUCUUCGUCAUGCAUGCUACACGCUGGGUAUGCCCGAGGCGUUGUAUCAUGCUCGGGUAGCAGAGGCGGCUGCAGAAAGGGCAUUCUUUGAGAAGAGCAUGGUCGGGCAGCUGUAUUUCCCGGAUGAGCAUAAGGUCGCGGUGUAUUUGCCUUUGUUGGGGCCUGUGGCGGUGCCGCUUCUGAUGGGGGCGUGGAAUGAGAUUUUAGGGUGGGUUAGGAGGAGGGGAGUAAAGGGGAAGGUUGAGUAG